GUAAUUUUGCCGACUCAAAAUUUCCAUUUUUGUUUUGGCCGUCGAGCUGUGGUUCUAAGUCUGAUUUUCAAUACGGAGUAUCAUCUGCUUGAUUUAUUUCCUCUACUGUCACAUCUUAAUAAGAAAGACCCUUCUAGCAGCUACUCCGAGCAUAUCACACCAAAAUGGGCGACAAGAAACGCAAGCUCGCCGAGGAAGCCAUUGCGCCUGAGGGCAAGAAGCUGAAGCAGGAAAAGGCCAAGGGAGAGCGCAAGGAAAAGAAGGAGAAAAAGAGCAAGGCGAAGGAGGUUGUUGAGGACGUGAACACCACCGAGGAAGUCCCAGCGCCUGCCGACAGCAAGCCGGAGAAGAAAGAAAAGAAGGAUAAGAAGGAUAAGAAAGACAAGAAGGAAAAGAAAGAGAAGAAGGAGAAGAAAAAUAAAGAUGAAGAAGAGGAGAAGUCAAGUCCCCAGACCGCAGAGGCCGAUUCCAUGGACAUUGAUGGCGAUGUGAAACCUACCGAGAAGCAAGAGGCUGAGGGCAACGAGCUCGAAAAGGGGGAAAAGAAGGACAAGAAGAGCAAUAAGGAUAAGAAAUCCAAGAAGGAGAAAAAGGAGAAAGAGUCCGCAGAUGAGACGCAACAGCAGCUAGAAGAAUCUACAGAGACAGCCCCUGCCGAAGAUCACUCACAACAUCACGAGAAAAACGCACGUUUCAUCUGCUUCGUCGGAAAUCUCCCUUACUCGGCAACUGCCGACUCCCUCAGAAAGCACUUUGAGAAGAACCCUCCAGCCUCAGUUCGCGUAGCCACUGAGAAAGACAAACCGACCAAAUGCCGCGGAUUCGGUUUUAUCGAAUUUGACAACUAUGACCGCAUGAAGACCUGCCUGAAACUCUACCACCACUCCAUGUUCGAUGAUGGGAAAUAUCCCCCUCGGAGAAUCAAUGUCGAAUUGACGGCCGGCGGCGGCGGCGGUAAAUCUGAGCAUCGUAGAGCCAAAAUCGAAGCCAAGAACAAGAAGCUCAACGAGGAGAGACAACGUCAAUCCAAGGAUAUCCAAAAGGAGAAGACGAAGACGAAGAAACCUCAUUCUAAAGAGAACGAGGACCAGGGCGCCGAUCAGUGGGCUGGUAUUCAUCCCAGUCGAAGAGCCCGUAUAGCGUAAGGCGCUCGACUUGGACGGAGUUUCAGCAAUGGUGUUGCUCGACGACAAAAAGCCUUUUUUCAGUUUCCAUUUCCAAUUGCCGGUGUGCCACCUUUGAUAUGUUCUAUCAGAGAUAUCCUUCUUGUCUUCGUUAUAUGAGUGUGAAUACUGGAUGGAUUGAGUUGGGUGGGUGGAAGUAUAUAGAAUCUUCAAUGACUGCACGGUCCCUAAGGGAAAUCUUGAUAGGUUGCAUAC